AAUGAAGGGAGGCGGGGGUACCGAAAAGCACCUGCUCUGACUCGCUCGACUCAUUUGAACGGUGAUUGCUGUUCUUCUGUAACAGGUGUGAGGGUGGGCGCCACCGCCACCACCUGAGGACUUAUACCGGUGUUUCCUUCACAAAAGAAUCCAGGAGAAGCUUGCUGGGAGGAUACAAAUAUGAAAGCCGGAGAGAGUAUGGAGGCCUUAAUUAAGGUCACUGCAAAGUGGCCAAAGUUGAAACGAAACUGGGUCAUCUUGUUUGUUUGUGCACUCAUCUUGGUUUUGAUCUACAGUUUUGUUUUACCUUCUUCAUUAUUCAACAUUAUCCAUCAGAGCAUAGCUAAGACCCCUUCCAUUUUUACCAUGCACCAUCCCACCAGUCACAAGUUUGUUGCCUUUUCGGCCUUUCUAGAUGAUAGGGACUCGAAUUCUGUCUCUCCUGUGAUCCGAGUCAUAGGCCUCAACAACCUGUACCAUAAGGAGAAGGUGUACUGCCAUGUUCGGUGUGACAGUGGCAUUUACUCCGUCCAGGCCAUGGAACCUGUCCUCUCCAAUGACAUAGGUGUCCCCUCAGGCGAGUCUGACAUGAUAUGUGAAAACCGCUGUGGCUCUGCUAGUUUGAUUGACAUUGCUGUGAGUACAAAACAUAAUCACAGUGCCAUGGAAGGGUCAGUUAAAAUUCUUAACACCAAAGAAGGUCGACCCACAGAGUUCCAACAUGGUUUGACCAUUUGUAUUAACAAGGUAUUGGAUGAGUACACUAAUGUCCUCCAACUCAUCCAGUCUAUCGAGAUGUACCGACUGCUGGGGGCGGGCAAGGUGUCGGUGUACAAAAUAAACUGCUCAGACAUGAUGCAGCAGGUGCUUGACUACUACGCUCAAGAUGGCUUCAUCGAAGUCCUUAGUUGGGACAUUUCUCAGCUGCUUACGUCAUCCCAUCACACCCACAAAGAGACUUUACAGCACAUCCAGGAUAUAUUUUCAAUUGAUUGUGUCUACAGGAACAUGUACACAAGCAAAUAUGUCCUGCUCAAUGGACCAGAAGAAAUCCUCAUUCCCAACCAACAUGAAAACUGGACUGAGCUGAUGAGGGAGUUGGCACAACAGCAUGAAGGAGCCGAGACAUUUGUCUUUAAUGUGCACGUCUUUUCUGCCAUUGCCCCUGACACGGACAGCCUUACUUCUAAUACACAGUGGCCUGCUGAUCCUGGACUGAACAUUUUAUACUAUCACUUCAACAAUGGAGUAGAGAGUGAUGAGAAGAGGAUGGUUAUAAACCCCAGGGUUAUUUUCAACUUAGAUCAGCUUUCAGUGGAUCACAGUGGGAAGUGGGUCAAGAUCCCAAGUGACAUGGCUCAGAUACGCCUUUAUCAGAAUCUAAUCACCACUGAAUCGGGAGUGGUCCCUGAGAACGAAGACAAAAGGCUGCAACAUUACAAGCCCUCACUGGCAGAGCAUCUGGCAGCGGUCUUGAGAUUGUUGCCUAUGCUGACUCAGAACGUGGAGCUGAAGUGGUUCACCAAGUGGACACAUUGGCACGUUCCUGUUGUCGGCGAAGGCAACUUUAAUCGAGAGGCCCUGAAUCAGCACCACAAGAAUAAAAGGCUCACCAUUGGCCUGACCGUCUUUGCAUUGGGCAAGUAUCUGGAUUACUUCCUGGAACAGUUUCUUGCCAGUGCCGAGAAGUACUUCAUGACAGACCACCGAGUGAUAAUUUACGUGAUGGUGGAUGAGCCUUCCAAAGUCGCCUACGUGGAGUUUGGAGUUAAACACUCCUACAAAGUAUUUCGCAUCAAGAAGGAAAACCGGUGGCAGGACAUCAGCAUGAUGCGCAUGAAGACGCUCUCGGAUCUGUUGAAGAAGUACAUUCAAUAUGAGGUGGACUACCUCUUCUGUAUGGAUGUCGAUGUAAACUUCAUUGCCCCCUACGGUGUGGAGACCUUAGGAGAACGGGUGGCACAGACUCAAGCUUGGUUUUUCGAGACCACCAAUCAAUAUUUCACCUAUGAGAGGCGACCAGAGUCGGCUGCCUACAUACCGAUGGGAGAGGGCGAUUAUUACUACCACGCGGCCUCCUUCGGGGGUACUCCCAGUGAGGUGCUGAAACUGGUGGACCACUGCUACAACGGCAUCAUGGCUGACAAGGAGAAAAACAUUGAGGCCAUCUGGCAUGAUGAGAGCCAUCUCAACAAGUACUUUCUGCUCAAUAAGCCCACCAAGGUCUUGAGUCCGGACUACCUCUGGGAUUUUAAUAUUCAUGGAAAUCAAAAUGCAAAACUCCGUUGGGUGCCAAAAGAUUACGGGCAAGUGCGGGAGAACUAAUAUGAAGGACAAAGGACACGAAGAGUCAGCUGCAAUUCUACCUCUGAUAAUACGGGUCUUUUUUAAAUUCCAGGGUUUUACUCAGAAAUGUAGACGAUCUGGAAUUGCAGGAGUUAAGUCACAUAUUUAUGCCUUAUUGUUCUAUUUUUAUGAAUGCAAAAACUGAAGAAUAUUAUCAAAAUCAUAACUGCUCACUAAUUGAUGUACUUCUCAUGCCAGGGUUUGAGUUUUAAAUCAAUUCUUGAUUUUUUUCCCAGGAUGAUAAGACAUUGCUUUUAGUUUCCAUUUGGGGAAGCAUCUCCAGAAGCUUCAUUACUCAUUCAUUUUUAAUUUGUAAUUUUUAUAGACAGGUUUAUAUGAAAAUGUUACAUUUUAUGCUCACAUUCAAUCUCAGGGUGGCCUCUAGAGGUGCAAUUAUGCACAUGAGCUGUAACUAUCAUGAAAGACGGAGAAACGAUAUUCAGGUUUUCCUAUCCUGAUCCCUCAUUAAAACUCCUGAUUGAGGAUUUGUGUUAAUUGGUAACUACAAUGUGCCAACAUAUUGUGUGGCUACAAAAAUAUGGGGUGACGAUAAAUGCAGGAUCACUCAUUAGUGUUGUUGUCCCACCCCAUCAAAUUGAAAAGAAAAAUGAAGGCAUGCUAGGAUGGUGCACCUUAUCAGCCAUUAUGUCUGUUGUGGAGGCCCAGUGUGGGUCACAAUGGUCCAUGCGUCCUUAGUCCACAGACAGGGCAUAGCGAUUAUCGGGUUUGCUCCCAGUCACACUUCCCGCUGGAAACGCUCCUGAAGCAGAUCGCAGUAUGGUGAGAUAGUAUCCACAUCGAGAGGUACACACUCAGGGUCCCCGAGAUUAUGAGAGCUAGCACUUGUGCCUUUGUACCAGCUCUCUCAUGGAUGGGCAUCGGUACAAUGCCAGUUUUUUAUUAUUUGUUUGAAUAUAAUGCGUUUUUUGGUUUAUUUAAAUGUGCCAGCCCAAAGAUUCUCAAAGUGAGUGUAUUGGAUUACAGAGUACCAUUGUGACUGUUUUUCUUUACAUCUGGCGGUCCUCUCAGUUUUCAGCUUUGUGCUGUCCACUUAUUGACCAUGCCGAUGGGCAGUAGGACCUCUGUAGCAUCCAUUACACUGUUUGCCAUCUCUCAUCUGGUCUGUCUCGGUCUUUCUCUUUUUCUCUUUGCCACUGGUUUGUCUUACCUUCCUUUUAUGGGACCCCUUUAUCAAUGUAGAGUUGGAGCUUUUUGUUUUGGGACUGCUCAUCCACUUGCAAUCACUUAUUUAUUUUAAACUAGUAUUCUGAGCUACUGACGCAAGAAGUUGACUGUUUUUCCACUAGUGUUGGAUGGAUGCUAAAAUUUUGACUUCAGCAUCGAGAGCAGCUAUUUUGGACCUCAUUCUCAGUAAGAAAAUGGUAUCAAAGAAAAUAAUGGUUAACCCCAGGUGACCCACUCCAGCCUCCCCGAUGUACCCCAUAAUCACACGCUUCACUGCUGUGCCACAAAAACAUGUGCCUCACUGCCUUGACACACCCCACGGUUCCUCUUUCCAACGUGUCUAAGGCUUGGGUGGAAUGAAAUUGCACCCAUGGAAUCUCCAUUGCAUCAUAGAGCAGAAGAACAAAGUGCUUAGCAUGAGGUCUUUUAAACCUAUUGUUUUCUUCUGAUACUGUUGACACUGUAAUGUGUUAAAAAUGACAUUUUGCGGUACAUUUUUAUUAUUGUUAUCCCAUUCAGCCUUGGAUUCUACCUCUGAUUAUACAGGUUUUUCAGUUCCAGGGUUUACUUAGAGAGGUUUGAUCAUUCUUGUGAUGCUCCGUGCAUCCAGCCAUGGCCAUUACCAUUUCACCAGAGCAUCAGUAGUUCAUAACCAAGGAUUGACUACAGCAGUGGUUCUCAAUCUGUGGGGUGGGCCCCCCUAGGGGGGUGCGAAGUAACAAAAAGGGGGACGCGAAGAUGUGAAAAAAAAACAAGAAUCAAAAAUAUGAAAAAUACAUCUAUUGAAAAAACCAAAACAAAUUAACUUAAACUACAUUCUGAUACUAGAAAAAUAAAUAUAGAGUUAGAUAAAUGUCGAUAAAAGUUAAGUAGGUAUAAUAAAAUAUGCAUCUAUGAUAUAUCAUUAAUUAAAAAAGAACAAAUUGAUAUUAGUGGGCUCCUUUCAAAAAAACAUUAGGGGAGCGCGUUAUGAAAACUCGGGUCAUAAAUACUUAAAGGUUGAGAAACGCUGAACUACAGCAAAUGAGGAAACAAUAAUCAAGUUAACAGUACAAAAGUGCAAGUUUAUUCAAAUCAAAAAAACUGUGUCCAAAGUGUGGUACAUUUGAAAAUCUUCUGUAAAUAAUAAUGAUCCAUAAUACAACAGAGCUGCAGGGGAAGAUAAAGUCCUGUCUUAGUUUUUCUUUUAAACAUACUUAUUGUAAUUAAAUCAAAGUCAGGAUAGGCUUCUCCCAUCUUGUCCCCAGUGCCCCUGCAGGGCUGAGACAACGGCAAAUGCCGUCCCCAAUGGCUCCCUUCCCAGCCACCUCUGUUGGUACCCACUUGGACCCACUUGAAGCUGACUUCCUAUUCCUCUUAUGUCUGUUGGUCUCCGCAGAACACCCGGAGCUCACAAUCGCCCUUUCUCCAAUGGCUCAGUAAGUAUGAUCCACCCCUGGAGAGCUGUUCCCUUUGCUCUACUGUGGGGUAUCCCCAACUAGUUUGACUGCACAUUUCUGCUUCCACCUUCUUUCUUGAUCAUGAUCACCCCCCUAAGAACACACACACACACACUUUGUCUCUCCUUCUAUGACCUUUUCUAUCCCUGUGAGUGUAGGAGAGCCUAAUUAUCCAUGGAGUACUAAUGAGAGCUGGCUGUGCUGAUCGUGCACCCACUCAUGAAUGAACCAUCAGCCGAUUCCCCUAUUUAGCACUCCGUGGCCAUCUCUUCUCCCGUACACACCUACACUCAUGAAAUCUGAGCUGCACUGUUCUUUAAAAAUCCCACACCCACUGGUUCUGCCACAGACCCUUGACACGCUGCACCACAAGGCCCACCUGGCCUGUCUUGCUCCUUCUCCUUCUCUUUCUCUUUGCCACUGGUUUGUCUUGCUUUCCCUUCUUUAUGAAUGUAGGGUUUGAGUGUUUGUUUUCAGCCUGCUAAUCCACUUGUAUUCAUUCACUUGUUAGUUGGUCUUUUCUGACUGGCACUACACAACUGUUUUUUCCGAUUGGCUAUUUAAAAUUUUCAAACCCCUUUCAGCUCACCAGGGGAGGGCUGAGAUGUUUACCUAGCAGAUCAGGAGCAGAACCAGGUAAAUUCUCUGUGAUAUUAAUGUUAAUCCACUAUGUGAUCAUUUAGUCGCUUGCUUAUUUUUUUGCAGUAUAACAGGAGGCUUAUUUAAUGAAUUUGUCUUUGGUCAUCUACUACCAGCAAGAGGCACACUGCCUGUCUGAGAUGGUUGAAAAAUUCGACAAGCUUUACACGUUCCAACACACUCACUUUCCUCCUUUUCUUUUCAUCCAUGACUGUUCUUCAUUGUUUGUGUUCAUUGUACUGCUAACCGAAUGCUUGUUGGCUGUUAAAUCUCAAAGGCUCACAAGCUCACCGUACAGGAAUUCAUUAAGAUGAAACCAAACCAAUGUGAUUUAGAUGUGGUGAGUUCUAAGGGAUCGUUAAGAGCACUAGGACUGAGAUGGUAGGGUCGGUACACCAGACGACUGAUGGUAACCAGCAUCCACUGUCGCUUUGCACCAUCUUUUCCUUUCUUUCUUCUGAGACUGUUCGUCAAAAAGACUUAAAAUAGAAUCUUCCACUUGUUUCUAGAAUGUUUCGGAAACUCGGCCUUAGCAGUGGAAUGUUCUGCGUUUCAUUUUUUGAGACUGUUCGUCAAAAAGACUUAAGAUAGAAACUUGCACUUGGUUCUAGAAUGUUCCGGAAACUCGGCCUUAGCAGUAGAAUGUUCUGCGUUUCAUUUUUAGAGACUGUUCGUCAAAAGACUUAAGAUAGAAACUUGCACUUGUUUCUAGAAUGUUCUGGAAACUUUGCCUCAGCAGUAGAAUGUUCUGUGUUUCAUUUUUAGAGACUGUUCGACAAAAGACUUAAGAUAGAAACUUGCACUUGUUUCUAGAAUGUUCUGGAAACUUUGCCUCAGCAGUAGAAUGUUCUGUGUUUCAUUUUUAGAGACUGUUCGACAAAAGACUUAAGAUAGAAACUUGCACUUGUUUCUAGAAUGUUCCGGAAACUCUGCCUUAACAGUAGAAUGUUCUGCGUUUCAUUUUUAGAGACUGUUCGUCAAAAAGACUUAAAAUAGAAACUUCCACUUGUUUCUAGAAUGUUCCGGAAAUUAGCAGUAGAAUGUUCUGCGUUUCAUGUUUAGAGACUGUUUGUCAAAAAGACUUUAAAUAGAAACUUUCACUUAUUUCUAGAAUGUUCUGGAAACUCGUCCUUAGCAGUAGAAUGUUCUGCAUUUCAUUUUUAGAGGCUGUUCGUCAAAACUUGGCCUUAGCCGUAGAAUGUUCUGUGUUUCAUUUUUAGAGACUGUUCGUCAAAAAGACUUAAAAUAGAAACUUCCACUUGUUUCUAGAAUGUUCCGGAAACUCGGCCUUAACAGUGGAAUGUUCUGUGUUUCAUUUUUAGAGACUGUUCGUCAAAAGACUUAAGAUAGAAACUUCCACUUGUUUCUAGAAUGUUCUGGAAACUCGGCCUUAGCAUUAGAAUGUUCUGUGUUUCAUUUUUAGAGACUGUUCGUCAAAAAGACUUUAAAUAGAAACUUCCACUUGUUUCUAGAAUGUUCUGGAAACUCUGCCUUAGCAGUAGAAUGUUCUGUGUUUCAUUUUUAGAGACUGUUCGUCAAAAAGACUUUAAAUAGAAACUUCUACUUGUUUCUAGAAUGUUCUGUGUUUCAUUUUUAUUUAUUUAUUUUUUUAUUGCUUACUAAUCACUUAUUUAAAAACACCCUUACAAGAGUAUGAACUAUGAACGUAAUAACAACGCAAACAAAAUGUUCAGAAUGGAGUGACCUCUUAAUGUUUCACAAUCUGACAAAAAUCCCUAAUGGACCAAAAAUAAGCCUUGUGAAGAAAUGAUUCUAAAAACAUGAACUCUUUGCAUUUGGGUUGUAGACCACCCUAGUGAUACUGAAGACUCUUGGUUUUGACACAAAAUUGCACUGAACUAAUUGAGCUGAAUGUAAACCAACAUGGUCACAAUGAAGAACGCCUUUGGCCUUGUUUCAUUUUGCACAUUGACUUUUCAAUCUGAUUAUUAUUAUUGAUAUUCCUUGAUGUGAAUUCUCGAGAUGAAUGACUACCAAUUUAUCCUGGAUAGAUGCCCGUAUGUGAGUCUGGGAAAUUCUUGGCACAGGAUGAGGUUAACUGGACACUUUAACAUAUUCCUGCAGACCCCAAAGACUGUGUAGAACUCAACUGGUUUGGUUGGCUUUCUUUAUCAAUUUGCCUGUGAAAUGCGAUUUUAAGAGCUGAACUUUUUUUAUUUAAAUUUUAAUAAUCAAUGAAAGAAAUUUUAAUUUGAAAAUGUAUCAGAGUUUUUAAUUUUGUAUGUGAUUUGUGUAUUUUUUAAAUAUUGUGUCUAUUGAUUUACUGUGAUGGGUUUAUGUUAUGACUCUGUUUGUUUGUUUUUUUUUAUUUGCUUUGCGUCCUCGCCCACCAUAACCUAUCAUGUAUGGCAGAGGAGCAAAAGCUUUAGAUUCUUCAAAAAUUUCCAUCUCAAGGUUUCAACGGCUCUCGAUGUUUUAGGGUUCCCUCAUACUGAAAACCUUGAUACGUUGAUGAUGGGUGUGUAUCUGUCCUGUGUGUCACAGGUUCUUGUGGUCAGUCUAAAGCUAUAACGGCUCGACGGAAAAAUACCAAACUCGAAAUUUCAGCCUGUUAUGAGAUGACAAUGUGCUGAUUAGUUUUUGAGCCAAAAUGUCAGAGAGAAAGAAGCACUGUAGAGGAACCCUCAAAUACCGUAAUUCUGCAAUUCAUUAUGAAUUCAUCCCAUCAAUUGCUAUUGUAAUGACCUAAUUUAUGAUCAGAAAGAUCAGCAUCAGAGUGGUAAAAAUUACUGAAAUGUUAUAGAAUAAUAAUAAUAAUAAUAAUUCACUGCGGUGGGUUGGCACCCUGCCUGGGAUUGGUCCCUGCCUUGUGCCCUGUGUUGGCUGGGAUUGGCUCCAGCAGACCCCCGUGACCCUGUGUUCGGAUUCAGCGGGUUGGAAAAUGGAUGGAUGGAUGGAUAAUAAUUCAUUACAUUUAUAUAGCGCUUUUCUCAGUACUCAAAGAAUAGUUUGGGUAACUUGGUACCGAGGGCCAAAGCCUAGUGAUGCUCAUGUCUGAAAUUUUUUAAAUUUUAAUCACAGAGAGAGUUACUCAUAGCAAAGGAAGGAACACAAUGGUUGACCCAUACAUUAUUAUUAACACGGUACAGUCCGAUGUUUCAGAAUAGAUGGAUGACCUUUGGCUCAGACUUUUAGAAACGGUCAGAAAUUGGAAAAAGAGAAGCAGCAGCCAGAAUGCUGGUUUCAUAUUUAGAACUUGGUUGCUCCUCUUUAUGACCUCCUUUUUGGUGCUACUAUCUUUUUGAAAUGUAUAAAUCUUCUUUUCUUACUUCUUUAAUAAACUUUCUA